AGUAAUCAUGGUUAAUGCGGGUAGUGAGUAUCGUAUCGAAGAUGCCUUAAAUGCUCCGGGGUGGAUCAAUGAAGAAUUCUUUAAGCGCAUUCUUGAUAAAGACGAAAGUGAAAGUGUAAAGAUAAAUAAAUUGCUGCUCUCAUCCGGCAGCUCCAAAAUUGAUAACUACGCGAGUGUACUGUAUCGUGCUAAGAUAAAGUAUGCUUUGUGUUCCCAGCCUAAUCAAGAGAAAAUUCGUUCGUUUGUAAUGAAAACCGAGCACUUCGAAGAAGGACUGCAGAAGGAUAAAUUGGGUGAAAUGGCGAUUUUUGAAAYCGAAGUGCGAAUGUAUACCAUUGUGUUGCCGAUGAUUAAAGCGAAGCUGCGAGAGUUUGGCGAUCAGACGGUACUGGCACCGAAGAUAUUCCACAGCAGCUUGGAGAUGCCGCGUAACAUAGUGUUCGAAGAUCUUGUGGCUGAAGGCUAUUCUAUCAUUAGUGAGCGUCCCGGUAGUUUGGAGGAAAUCAAGUUAGCUCUAAAGAAAUUAGCUAAAAUACAUGCAAUCAGCUAUCAAAUGGCACAGAUGGGAAACAAAGAUGUAACUACAUUCAAAAAGAACUACGUUAACACGUUGAAUUUAGAUGACUUUGUUGUAAAAUGGAUGAACUGCUUUAUUAUUACACGAAGAAUUUUCAAGACACUCUACAUACUGUGCAGUACAAAGGGCAUAUUCCAACCAUUACGGAGAUAAGGGAGGAGGUGAGCGAUUACCGACAUUGGGGUCUGUACUUAAUUUGCACUUUGCUUUGCUUUAACUAUGCCUUCAUGGAUGGGAUUGACUUGAGCAAAAUAGUCGAGUCUGAGGCGGCAAGACUUGCAUUAUUCGCGAAUACGAAGAUUCUGGAUGAGUUGCGUUUACUGCUUCCGCGCCUCUUAUAUUUAGGCUAUUUUGAGGAAUAAUACACUGAGCAUAUAAUAAGGGAUGUAAUUUUUGUCAUAGUAAAAAUUAACUUUUAUGAAUAAUAAAUAUGAUUCUAAAGUUGUGUCGAGCUGUCGAGGAA